CUCCCGCCCGGGUGCAGCCGAAGCCGAGGUGCUGGGCAGCCCGGCGGGUGGCGGUCGCACCAUGAGCGCCGAGUGCAGCAGCUACCUCAACGCCGACAAGGUGCUGGUGAGCGGCUUCAGCUGCCCGCGGACGGGCGGCGACGCCCGCGCCGUCUACUGCUGCGGCUUCCAGGACGUCAAGUACUGUUGCGAUGACCCCCACAGCUUCUUCCCUUACGAGCACAGCUACAUGUGGUGGCUCAGUGUUGGAGCACUGGUGGGCCUGUCGAUAGCAGCAGUGGUCCUCUUUGCCUUCAUCAUCACCGUCUGCGUUCUCUGUUAUUUGUUCAUCAGCACAAAGCCACGCAGCAAACUGGAUACUGGCUUAAGCUUACAGACGACAGAUAGAGCAUCCUUCAUGAGGUCCCCACUGAAGCAAGCUGUUGACAAAGCCAAGUGGCUUCAAGAGCCACAAGAAUGAACACUGACUGUGAGCCACAAAAACCUGACACACUUCUCCAGAGGUGUUUCCUGGUUAUUACCACCACUGUCGAUGACUAGAGGCCAGUCUGCAGCUGUGCCAGGAGAUGUAUUUGUGUGCAGUUACUGUUCUGAGCAGUGUUUUGAUUUGCACAUACCAGAUACUACUGCUAAUUAUUUUCAUGUGAAUUGUUGCUUUCACUCUGUGUGGUUCCAGUGAGAGACGAGAGUUUGUCAAGCAGAACAGAAUUUGGCACUCCACGUUGUCCAAGCUUUAUUUUGAGCUUUCUGUGUGUGCCACCUCAAUGUGGUGUCUUCACAUCCCCAACAUAGUUGUCUUUAGCCAAAUGUGAUUGUUCAUUGCACAGAUCUCUGGGAAUGCUGUGCCUCAAUAAAAGCUGGUGUUUGUUUGUUGUUGGAUUUUUCUUAA